AUGACGGUGGAUCUGGAAAAAUGCAAGCGUAUAGUGCAAUACUUUUGGGAUCCAGAGCCCAAAAAUGACACUUCGCCACAGGCUACGAUUUGGUGCUUAGGUCAACAAUAUACCCCUCACUCUCAAUCCUCGCAACAAACCGAGAUAGAAGUGCACAAUAGCACUGAAAGCUCGGAGGAAACAAUAAAUGAUACUCGCGGAAGUGCUUGGCCAGCGACUUUCUUGGCCGACUUCGAAUCAAGAAUAUGGAUGACAUAUCGAUCCGGCUUUCCUCCCAUCCCACGAAACAAUACAGUGGAAGCAACGUCAUCGAUGUCGCUGGGCGUACGGCUCCGGAGUCAGCUGAUGGAUUCUAACGGCUUCACGUCUGAUACAGGAUGGGGCUGCAUGAUUCGAUCCGGUCAGAGUCUGUUGGCAAAUACACUCUGUAUACUACUGUUUGGGAGAGACUGGCGCCGAGGUAAUAACCCGGAAGAGGAAUCAAAGCUACUGGCGAUGUUUGCAGAUCACCCCGAUGCCCCUUUCUCCAUACAUCGGUUUGUCCAGCGAGGAGCUGAAUCGUGUGGCAAGUACCCCGGGGAAUGGUUUGGACCGUCAGCCACUGCGCGAUGUAUCCAGUCCAUGUCCAUUCAAUGUGAGGAUCCAAAGUUGAAGGUAUAUUUAACGAAUGAUACACCCGAUGUAUACGAGGAUCAAUUCAAGAAAAUAGCCUGCGGUGAUUCUGGACGCAUUCAACCAACACUGGUUCUGCUUGGGCUCAGACUUGGGAUUGAGCGUAUCACCUCGGUAUACUGGGAUGGACUACGUGCUGCUUUAGAAUACCCACAAGCGGUGGGAGUAGCUGGUGGACGUCCAUCGGCAUCGCAUUACUUUGUAGGAGUUCAGGAUUCAUACCUGUUCUUCUUGGACCCUCAUCUCACACGCCCCACCCUUCCUCAUCGAGACCCAGGCGAAGCGUAUACGACCGAAGAGCUGGAUACGUAUCAUACCAACCGGCUUAGGCGAAUACAUAUCAAGGACAUGGAUCCGAGCAUGCUGAUCGGAUUCCUUAUCAAAGAUGAAGCCGACUGGGCCGACUGGAAACAACGAGUACAGUCCUCACCAGGCAAACCCAUCAUCCAUAUCCUUGCGGGGGCUCCGCAGUCAAAUGAGAUAGUUGGUCGCGAGGGAGCACUGGACGAGGUGGAAGUGCUGGAUGAUUCUGAAUCAGAGAGUUAA